GAAUGCCCAAACGUUCGGGGGGCGAGCGGGAUUUGGAAGCUGCGCAACGCGCUUCCCAAAUCCCCCAAUCCCGACGCCCACCCGACCCCGUCGCCAGAUCUCGCGCCUCGUCCCCGGGGCUCGAUCGGAUAAGCGGCGGUCGGCGAUUCGGGGACGGGGUCAUCUCGCCUAGGCUUGGGCGGGGCUGGGCUGGUGGGAGCCGCCGAGCCGGGGAGCCAUGGCGUCGGCGCAGGCGCCGUCCUCCGCCGCUGCGCCGUCGCGCAAGGACCAUCUCGAGGCCGGGAAGAAGCGGGAACGGCGUAGACAAAUUAGGGACAUCGUGUUGCUUAGCGUGACGACUGCCGUGCCGUUCGAUCGGUUUUGCACAGGGCAGAGAAGCCAAAUGCUGUUAAACUUGCCUGAGGUCGUUUUGCGUGUGAUAGAUAAGCCAAGUGAUACCAAGUUUGUAUCGAUUGUGCCGCUUGCCCGACAGAAUCCAAAUGCACGAAAUUCGCCACGUUACUUCAGCUCGAGCAGUUCCGCAAGAAGAAAGCGGCGAAGAAGGCCACUGCAGCUAGUGCAGAGCAGGCAAAAGCGCCUGCGCCUGAUGUAGUGGAGAACCCACCUCCAAUUGUCAAUGCUGGUAGCUUGGGAGAUGGACUGGUGUCUGAUGUAGACCCAAACCAAGCGAGCACGUCUUCGGUACCAUUGUCCGUAUAUGAGAAUGGCCCAGCCAGUGCAUCCAGGGGUGCAGAAUUCAUGUCAAAUGGUCAUCAGCAAGAUGCUGUUAGUGAUGGAGGACGUAAGUUCUAUGGGAACUUGAGCUUCUCUGACCUUGUUAAUGGUCAUCAUGAGAAUUGGAGAGGCGACGGAGCCCGUAAAAAGGACGAGCACAGCCCUUACAAGGAUGUGGAAUCAAAAUCAAAAUUAAGUGCCUUUGGGAAUGGCAGCAGUUUAAAUUUACCUUCUACUGAAAACAUGCCGAGUUGGGGAAGAAAUUCUUUAUCAAGUCAAGUACAUGAUACUGAACAAUCUAGUUCAUAUUCAUCCAGCACCCUUUUUGGAAAGUCCAAAAAUGCCUAUGCUCAGGAUUACUCCACAAACAGUGAUAUCUUUGGUCGUUUGAGAGCUACCUCCGAAGACUCUUCCAAAGUGGAGCAAUCUAUGUAUGCCAGCACUCGAGAUUAUGGCAAUGCCUUCAAUAGUUCAAUGAUUGCCGGUACUGUAGAUCAUGAUACAAAUGUUGGAAUAACUCGGACAUCUGCAGAUUCCACACCUGUUAAUUCUGAAAGACAGGAUCCUUUUCUGUCAUCUGGUUAUCCAACUACAUACACUCGAUCAAGGCCAUCAUUUCUUGAUAUGAUUGGAGUGCAAAGAGCCCCCCUAACAACUGAAGCCUCAUAUAGGGAGCCUGCAAAGGCUAAUCAACUAUCCAGCUAUUCAAAUUAUCAGAGUUCAUUUUUGCAGCAAUCAAAUCAACAAUCCACUGGAAGUAAUGCUGCAGAUAUUCCUUUUGCAUCAGAAAGUCAGGAAUAUAGUCAUGAAAAGGGGUCAUAUGGCAGCUCCACUCCUCCUGAUUUCUUACUUCCCAAAGAAGAAAGAAGUAAACACCAUGGUAAUCAAACAUUCCAAAACUUCACAACUCAUGGGAAGGAUGAUGAUUUUGCAGCACUAGAGCAGCUCAUUGAAGAUUUGACAAAAGAGAAGUUUUCUUUGCAACAAAGUCUUCAGAAAUCUCAAGAACUAGCCGAAACUUUGGCGACAGAUAACUCUGCAUUAACUGAUAAGUUCAACCAACAGGCACAUGUAAUCAGCCAGUUGACAUCUGACAUGGAGAGAUUGCAGGAAGAGAUUCAAGCUCAACUGCUGGCGCUGGAGUCUAUCAGGACCGAAUAUGCUAAUGCACAACUAGAAUGCAGUGCUGCAGAUGAGAGGGCAAAAGUACUUGCAGCUGAAGUCAUUCUACUAGAAGAUAAGGGUUUGAGGCUGAGGUCAAGUGAGCUAAAACUUGAAAAGGAAGUUGAAGGUUUACAUUCUGAGAUUUCUUCUUACAGGCGCAAAGUUUCUAGUCUAGAAAAGGAGCGUCAGCAUCUUCAAUCUACUGUCAAAGCUCUUCAAGAAGAAAAGAAGCUAUUGAGGAACAUUCCCGUGAAUGAGAAGGCAACAACUACUGUAGAGAAACCUUGGGUUGAUAAAAGAGACGCAUCAACUGCGACAGAAGAUUUAGAUAUUGGGGAAAACAGCUCUUCAGAAACGCUAACCAGCACUGUUGACACAUUGGAAGAUGCUGGAAUAUCUGUUUUGCGUUCCAACAUUAUGUCUGAUUUUUCUUCCUUAGAAGAGGUCUCAUCUAGCAUUCCAGAUGAUCAGCUUAGAAUGAUUGACAACAUCAAUUCUUUGAUGUCAGAGUUAGUAGUGGAGAGAGAAGCGCUGCUGCGAGCACUGAGAAUUGAGUCAUCCAACUGCUCCAAGCUGAAGGAGUUGAAUAAGGACCUAACACAAAAGCUGGAGAUUCAGACACAGAGGCUUGAACUAUUGACUUCUCAAAGGAUGGCUAACGAGAAUGCCCUGGCAAAACCAAUUGACACACGCUCCAUCAAUGAUGCAACAAUGUAUGCAGAUGAAGGAGAUGAGGUUGUUGAACGGGUGCUUGGCUGGAUAAUGAAGCUCUUCCCAGGAGGGCCAAAGCGGCGAACCAGCAAACUUCUGUAAUGAAAAUAGAGCUCCUAGUAUACCAGAUGUUUCUUUCAUUUAAGGCUUGUUUAGGUGAAAGGGGUUGUUCUAGGAGCACCACCAAGUGUUUAGUUCAAAUUUGAACUAAAUGUUGAGGAAUUUGUUCCAAAUCCCCAGCAUCCGAACAUGCCUUUAUAUAUAUAUAUAUAUAUUUCUUUGCCCGGUUUUGCUGAUAGCAUGGUGAGAAGCUGUAUAUUGGAGCCAUUCAAUGUAACCAUUAUUUAUUUUUGACAGAAGAUAAUGUAAUUCCCUGGAGUAUGGUGCGGGCGGCAGCCUGUUUUGGCAAGGAAAAGAAUAGUCGCAAAGAAUAGACCCUUUUGUAUCCAUUGAAGCAGUACGGAUUGAAACAAAGCAGACAAAGAGACUGCAACUGUUACAUACCUAAAAAAUUUCUACGGAAUUGCUCAAGGCGAGGCGGUUUUGUGAAAUUACAAAAUUCGUUUGAAUCUAUCACUCUGUAAAGUUAGUGCUCAGUAGGAAAAACCGAAGGAACUUCUCUAAUUUGGUUUUCCGAUAACCAAAAGAGUAUAGCCACCGCACAACCAAAGUCAGACAUGUUUUUCUUUUUA